GUGAAUUUGGGCAAGUGCACAGGAUGGCUUCAGAAAGGACAACCGAUCAACUGGUUUUCUUUGUGAACGGCAAAAAGGUGGUGGAAAAAAAUGUGGACCCAGAAACAACUUUACUGACCUACCUACGGAGAAAAUUGGGGCUACCUGGAAGCAAGCUAGGCUGUGGAGAAGGUGGAUGUGGUGCUUGCACUGUUAUGAUAUCCAAGUUUGACAACUCCCAGAAGAAAAUCGUCCACUACUCUGUAAAUGCUUGUCUGUUCCCCAUCUGUGCAUUGCAUCACGUAGCAGUGACUACUGUUGAAGGCAUAGGGAGCACAAAGACAAGGCUGCAUCCUGUCCAGGAGAGAAUAGCAAAAAGCCAUGGAUCCCAGUGUGGCUUUUGCACUCCUGGCAUUGUCAUGUCCAUGUAUGCAUUACUUCGCAACAGACCGCAACCAAACAUGGAGGAGAUUGAAGAGAAUUUUCAAGGAAACUUGUGUCGCUGUACAGGAUACAGACCCAUUCUGCAGGGGUACAGGACAUUUGCUAAAGACUGGAGUUCCUGUGGGAAAGGAAUCAAUGGCCCAGGCUGCUGUAUGACUGGAAAGGAUGGAGGCUGUUGUGGUAGAAGAGUCAAGGACUCGGGUUGCUGCAUGAACGAGAAAAAAGACAAUGCAGCAAUGGUGUCCUCCAUCUUGUUCAACCCAGCUGAGUUCCAGCCUUUGGAUCCCACCCAGGAGCCUAUCUUCCCUCCAGAGUUGCUGACACAGAAAGACAAACCCCAGGAAAAGCUGUGCUUCAAAGGCGAGCGUGUGAUGUGGAUACGGCCCACGACACUCAAGGAGCUGCUGGCACUCAAGGCCCAGUACCCUGAUGCUAAGCUUGUUGUAGGGAACACAGAAGUUGGUAUUGAGAUGAGGUUAAAGAACAUGCUGUAUCCAGUGAUAAUAGCACCAGCUUGGAUCCCUGAAAUGACCUUUGUUCAGCACACAAAGGAGGGUAUUACCUUUGGUGCUGCCUGCACCCUGAGCUGUGUAGAAGUGGUGCUGAAAAAAGCUGUGGCUGAGCUUCCUUCCUACAAAACGGAAUUGUUCCAGGCUGUACUAGAACAGCUGCGGUGGUUUGCAGGCCCACAGAUCAAAAACGUUGCAGCUCUUGGGGGAAAUAUAAUGACUGCUAGUCCAAUUUCCGAUCUCAAUCCAGUCUUUAUGGCAUGUGGCAGCAAAUUGACUUUGGUGUCAAAUGAGGGCAGAAGGACUAUAAGAAUGGAUGAAAAGUUCUUCACUGGUUACAGAAAGACAGUACUAAAGCCUAAGGAGAUAUUGCUUUCCAUUGAGAUGCCUUACUCUAGGAAGGAUGAGUAUUUCUCAGCCUUCAAGCAGGCUUCCCGUCGGGAGGAUGACAUUGCUAUAGUGACCUGUGGAAUGAGAGUCUUGUUUCAAGAAGGUAGCAACCGAGUCCAGGAGAUUAAGCUGACCUAUGGAGGAAUGGCUCCCACAACCGUACUGGCAGAAAAAACUUGCCGGGAUCUUAUCAGCAGAGAGUGGAAUGAAAAUCUGCUGCAGGAAGCCUGCCGCCUGUUGGCAGAUGAGAUGAACCUGUCUCCUUCAGCUCCCGGUGGGAUGGUGGAGUUCCGACGCACGCUUACGCUCAGUUUCUUCUUUAAAUUUUAUCUGAUAGUGCUUCAGAAAUUAAACAAGCCACCCAAUGGGAAUAAUAACCUUGAUGAGUUGGUCCCCUCCAAAUACAUGAGUGCCACUGAGGUGUUUCAUAAAGAUCCUGUUGCCAAUGUCCAACUCUUCCAAGAAGUGCCAGCAGGACAGUCUGUGGAAGAUAUGGUGGGACGGCCCAUGGUGCACCUUUCAGCAGCCAAACAGGCAUGUGGAGAGGCUGUCUAUUGUGAUGACAUACCUUGCUAUGAAAACGAACGCUACUUAACACUGGUCACCAGCACAAAAGCCCAUGCCAAAAUUAUUUCUAUAGAUACAACUGAAGCCCAGAGUGUCCCCGGUUUUAUGUGUUUCGUCUCUGCUACAGAUAUUCCUGGGAGUAAUGUCACUGGGAUUGCUCGUGAUGAACCUGUUUUUGCAGAUAACACAGUCACUUGUAUUGGCCAUAUCAUUGGUGGAGUGGUUGCAGACACACAUGAACAUUCCCGAAGAGCUGCUAAAGCUGUAAAGAUCGAAUAUGAAGCCCUCACACCUAUUGUCACCAUUCAGGAAGCUAUUGAGAAACAAUCCUUUUAUCAGUCUCCAAAGAAGAUUGAGAAAGGAAAUGUCCAGAAAGGAUUUGAAGAAUCCGAUUGUGUUGUGGAAGGGGAAAUGUACAUUGGUGGGCAGGAACACUUUUAUCUGGAGACUAACUGCGCCAUUGCCGUGCCUAAAGGUGAAGAUGGAGAGAUGGAACUGUUUGUGUCCACCCAGAAUCCUACCACGACACAGGAGUGUGUUGCCAGUGCAUUAGGGGUCCCGGCGAAUCGAAUUUUAGUUCGAGUGAAGAGAAUGGGAGGAGGUUUUGGAGGCAAGGAGUCCAGAAGUACUCUUUUGUCAACAGCAGUAGCUGUGGCUGCAUUCAAGACUGGUCACCCCGUACGAUGCAUGCUGGAUCGAGAUGAGGAUAUGCUGAUUACUGGUGGGAGACACUCCUUUUUGGGACACUAUAAGGUCGGCUUCAUGAAGAAUGGUAAGAUCAAUAGUUUGGAGGUGUCAUACUACAGCAAUGGGGGCAACUCUGAAGAUCUUUCUUUGGCGGUUAUGGACAGAGCUUUGUUUCACCUGGAUAACUCUUACAACAUUCCCAACGUCAAAGGUGUGGGUACAGUUUGCAAGACUAACUUGCCCUCCAACACAGCAUUUCGUGGCUUUGGAGGUCCCCAGGGAAUGAUGGUCACUGAGUGCUGGAUGAGUGACGUUAUCCUGACGUGUGGUGUGCCAGCAGAGCAGGUGCGAAAGCUGAAUCUUUACAAUGAAGGAGACCUGACCCAUUUUAACCAAAAACUUGAAGAGUUCACUUUGCGGAGAUGUUGGGAAGAGUGUCUAGUGAACUCAGAGUAUUACCACAGAAGAAAAAUCAUUGAUGAAUUCAAUAGACAAAAUCGCUGGAAGAAGAGGGGAAUAGCCAUUAUUCCUACGAAGUUUGGGAUCAGCUUCACUCUUUCCUUUUUGAAUCAGGCUGGGGCUCUGGUACAUGUGUAUACAGAUGGUUCAGUACUGCUUACACAUGGUGGGACUGAGAUGGGUCAAGGACUUCACACCAAGAUGAUCCAGGUUGCCAGCAAAACUCUGAGAAUCCCGACCACCAGCAUUCACAUCAGUGAGACCAGCACUAACACCGUUCCAAAUACCUCUGCAACAGCUGCUUCUGUCAGCGCAGACAUCAAUGGGAUGGCUGUCCUUAAAGCGUGUCAGACUAUUUUAGAAAGGCUAGAGCCAUUCAAACAUUCAAACCCCAAAGGCUCCUGGAAGGACUGGGUGGGAGCAGCCUAUGUUAACUGUGUUAGCCUGUCAGCCACAGGAUUUUAUAGAACUCCUGACAUUUGGUAUGACUAUGAGAAAAAUGAAGGAAAUCCUUUCAAUUACUUCUCUUAUGGGGUUGCUUGCUCCGAGGUUGAGAUAGACUGCCUGACAGGUGACCAUAAGAACCUUCGCACGGACAUAGUAAUGGAUGUUGGCACCAGCCUGAACCCAGCCAUAGAUAUAGGACAGGUAGAGGGAGCAUUUAUCCAAGGCCUUGGGCUCUUUACCCUGGAGGAGUUGCGCUAUUCCCCUGAAGGAGAUUUGUAUACCCGAGGGCCUGGAAUGUACAAGAUCCCAGCAUUUGGAGAUAUCCCAACAGAGUUCUAUGUCUCUCUUCUCCGGGACUGUCCAAACAGCAAAGCAAUUUAUUCAUCCAAGGCUGUUGGUGAGCCUCCCCUGUUCCUGUCUGCCUCUGUGUUUUAUGCCAUUAAAGAUGCCAUCUUUGCUGCAAGGGCAGAAUCUGGCCUGACAGGACCAUUCAGACUAGACAGCCCUGCCACCCCAGAGAGGAUCCGCAAUGCCUGUGUCGACAUGUUCACCAAAUUGUGUCCAUCUGCCAAAUCCGAGACCUUUAAGCCAUGGUCCGUGAGGGUAUAAAUGGGAAGUUUAAGGAAUAAGGUCUGUUCGUGAAGAUGGUUUUACCCCAGGGGACCAAAAAGAAAAACUCUGUAGCAGAAAACAAAUCUAUAUUCAUGCGUCUCAUCCAUUGAUUCAUGAAGCUCUAUAAUCUAAUUGUUGAAUCAUCAAUUUCAUGAGGAAAGGGUAUUGAUGGCAGGUUAUUGCUGGGAUGGAAAUGUAAAUGAAGAGUAAACUGAUGGCUUUGCUGUCUGUGUAAUUGAAAAACCUUACAAGGAUUUAAGUUUGUUGCAAGAAUCAGAGAAAUGAUUACGACAAGCUUGUUUGUAAAAGCAUUUAUUUUUGUUAAGUAUGAUUAUAAAACUCUGAGAUAUGUAAAACUGGGGAGGACUUGGAUGUGCUAAAUCCAGUCAAAAUGGCCUUUUUUCCUAUUUGCACUUUGAAGUCACUGAUCGGAGCUGGCGUAAGCAGAUAUUACUUCCUUGACUUAAAUGGAGUGUUGCCCACUUACAGCUGGUUGGAAUUUGGCCUCUGUUUUAUGACAUUUAAAUGGCUGCACUGAUUGAUUCAUAGAUUCCAAAGCCA